GCGGAAAACGACAGAAGUAUGGCGUCGCGGUUGUUCGUUUGUUUGACAUGCUGCACAGAUGCUGUUCCGUUUCCAUUCAGUAGAACUAGCAUUCGCGCGACGUAGUGCUUGAAAUGUUCACUUCAUUUAUUGUCGAGCAUCAUCCAUAUUUUACUGCACCUGUAUAAGUACGCUUGGUGGCCACUUUUACGUGAUCAUCUGACUUGCUGAGGCAUGAGCGGCGAGGCCGGAGAUGGCGAUGGUCCGCAGAGUUCACUAGAACCUCCGGACAAUCCCGCUUGUCCAAAAUCCAUACCUUUGUGCAGUCUUGUGGAAGACGGCCUCUACCUCGGUGGACGAGACGCUGCUGAAGACGAGGAAUUGAUUCAAGGUUUCGGCAUCACUCACGUUCUUACGGUGGACACUUAUCGGCUCAAAUUUGAGGGAAAUGUCGUCUGCUUGUACCUGUACGCCGAAGACAGGGCCGAAGAGGACUUGCUUAGUCGCUUUCAUGAGGCCUGUGAAUUCAUCGAAAAGGGACAACAGAACGGCGCGUGCUUAGUGCACUGUCGCUUUGGUGUCUCGAGGAGUGCGACAUUGGUGGCCGCUCAUCUCAUGCGAAAAUAUGCCUUAGAUUAUGCUGAAGCGCUGCACAAACUGAAGGAAAGGCGUGCCUGUAUUGGGCCAAAUGCAGGCUUUGUGGCCCAGCUCAAGCUUUUCCAAAAAAUGGGGUACAAAGUAGACAAAGCAGACCUGCAAUUCAAGCUCUUUCUCUUGGAGCGGCUUUCUCAUUUGGCAAAGAAAGCUGGCUCAUUUUAUGCUGUACCAUGUGAAGUGAAGAGCUUCUGGACUGAUCAAGACAAGUCUGGUGGGGAAUGCUUGAGGUGCCGGAAAUGUAGGUUUACACUCUGCUUCACAUCGAAGAUUGUGCCUCACACACCAGGCUACAGCAUUGCCUGGUGGGACACUCGCUGGAAGGAGCCGGAAGAGAGGCUUUGCCAAACAAGCAUCUUUGUUGAGCCAACAGCCUGGCUCUUCAACCAAGCUAGGGCACUCCAAGGAAGGUUAACCUGUCCAAAUUGUCAUGGCAAGCUAGGAAACUACAAUUGGUCAGGGCUGUAUUGUGAGUGUGGAGCUUGUGCACAGCCAGGCUUUCAUAUCACGCCAAGUAAAGUGGACAGGGCUGUUGGUGCAUCAGAGCCUGUCAAAGCCUACCUGCGGCACAGACACAGGCCUGCCACGAGUGAGUGUGGGCCUGCUUACAGUCGCCUAGAAGAAGAGCCUGACGACAGAGAGAACGACUCCCCGUCCACCUAUAAAAGGCUGCAAGAUGAGCCUGACAGUGGUAAUGUGGAGCUCAUAUCUGCCUGCUGUCAGUUGGAGAAGCAGCCGGAAUGCGACAGCAGUGAGCAAGUCUGUGCCUGCAGUCAACUCGAAGAUGAACAGCAUGAGGUGCACAGCUUUGAAAGUGCAUUGGUUGCUAACUUACAUGAGUCAAACGAGGAGCAACACGAUGGUAGAGAAGGGGAGCAUCCAAGAACAAACUAGGCAGCAUCCCAAAGCAUUAAUUUGUUGAAAGGACAAGGCAGCAAGGAUUGGCACAGGAAAGAAGGCCUAUGGGCAUUGUAAACAGUUCUUCUAUUAAGAUUUUUUUUUUUUCUACCACAUUGUUUUGUGGUUUCUACCCUUAACUGACAAUUUCUGUAAAUGAAAAAUGCACGAAAUACUGUUGUAUGAGGCUAUGAAUGUUAUGAACUGACUAGCUGCUAAGUUAGCAGAAAUCACACAUGUGAGAGCAUCCUCUUCUUCUCAUUUUUGGUCAUAAGUAGGCUUUGCAUUUUGUUCAGAAAAAUGAAAGUCAACAUUCCAUUACCAUCACUUUUUAUUGUUGACUCAAGUCACAGAUGAUGUUAAGCCCAACUCCAGCCUGUCUUGGAAAGGCCAGAAAUAAUUUCCUGUGUUGACAUUGCUUAUAUCAGUAUACACUGGCUGUGGCAUGGUCAGUGUUCCAUGACAAAUGUUCCACCUAUGCUGAGAUUCAUGUGAUAACUGCCAGGCAAGUGAAAGUUUUCAGCAAAGCAAUGAUGGGGUAGUGAAUGACUUGCUGACUUGCAUGUGAUGCAGUGAACAUAGUUUCAAGAGUUGUUUGCAUGAGUUUUUCUGUUUUGAAUGUGCCAGUAAAGCAGAAGUGUUUAAUCAAGCA